AUGACAGCUAAGGCUGAAACUAGUGUAAAGGCUAAGAUAGGAGUUAAAAAGAAGAGAAAAGCAAUUAAUGUAAGAACGACAACAUCUAAUACACUGAGCAGAUCGCAACUAUCAAGAAUUCCUAGACCAAUUGUUACAUUAUUAUCCAGAACUACUUCAAGAACUGGAACUGCUUCAAGAAUACCUCAAGCAAUUCCUUCACCUAAUAGAUUACAACUAAUAACACCCUCUGUACCUUCUUCUAGUUUGAGAUCCGUGACGCCCUCAUUUUUUCAAAGUGCCAAAACAAUUAAUAUUUUUAUUAAUUAUGCUGAACCUGAUGAUCAGGAGUGA